UCGUGAAUAAAACUGAUGCCGCUUGAAACAAUGCGCGAACGGUUGUGAUAUUUCGUGCCGAGUGAAUAGUGACGUUUCUCGAUGUGAAAAGGGCUCCCGGUUUUAUUUUUUUGAAAAUAUAAAGGACUGUUGUUUAAGAAGCGUCAUGGUGAAUUACGUAGAUAUAAUUUUUUUUUGCCUAAAAAAAGAAUCUUUUAAUUUUUAAGUUGAGCUUUACCCUUUUAUUGUUUAAAAAAUAAAAGCGAGAGAAUAAAGCAAUAAAGAGACAAUUGGUUGGCUAUAAAAAUAUCUGCAUACAAUGAAUUUUAUAAAAGUUGGUCAUUGUAAAACAUAAACGUAAUAUGUAUAUGUGGACUAUUCAUUUAUAAGACAUUAAUUAUUUAAUGGACAAUUUAACCCAAAAAAGUUAACCGACAAAACGUUACACAAUGAACAUUGUCACUUUUUUGUUAAGUACCGGACUAAACUUAUUGCAUGUACCGUUUGCCGAGAAUAUCAGGGAUGAAAGGAGCGGUGUUAGUGAUAGUGAUGAAAUUUCCAGUUUAUCGUUUUUUCCAUUUUCGCUGAUUAGGCAUACGCCGGCAUGCUCUACAGUUAAUAUACCAUUAGGAGAAAACAACUUAAAAUUCUCGACUCUGCCUCGAGGCUUUUGCACCAACUGUUGUCCGGUAAAAAUCUCAAGAGAUGUACAGUUUAGACUGUAUAACAAAGAAGAACAAAGCGGCAUUCCCAUUUCACCUUUAAAUCAGAAAGGGGCGGCUAAAAGUGCUGGGGUAAGACCCGAAUGGAACACUGUGAUUUUUAUUCAUGGCUUUUCAGAAAUUAGUCCCGGAGAAAGCGGAAAGGCUAUUGUAGAUGCCUAUUUAUCCAGACCUGAAAACUACAACAUUAUUCUCCUGGACUGGGCUGAAUUGGCGUCAUUCCCUUGGUACCGUGUCGCAGUACAAAAUGUCAAACUAGUCGGAAAAAUUCUGAAAAACUUUAUAAAAUUAUACAGUCAAAGUGGAGAAAUUCCUUUGGAAAAGUUGCACGUUAUAGGAUUUAGUUUGGGAUGCCAUGUGGCUUCAGUUGCUGGCAAGGAGCUGAAGCGAUUCAAGAUUCCUAGGAUAACCGCCCUGGAUCCCGCUUUCCCUGAAUUUUCGUUAGAAGACCGUUCGAGACGACUAGUAGAGUCUGACGCUAAUUAUGUUGACGUGAUACAUACUGAUGCUGGCAUUUUUGGAUUUCCCGAACCCAGUGGAAAUGCCGAUUUUUAUCCCAAUGGAGGAAGAGCUUUACAACCUGGUUGCCAACCCGGCUAUUUGGCAGAACAAAGAAUUGUCUAUCAAGUGUUGGCGUGCAGUCAUACAAGAGCAUGGAAAUUAUAUGCUGAAUCAGUCAGAAAUCCAGAUGCUUUUCCAGCAACUCGCUGCGGAAAUUGGAAAGGGGCUGCGAACGGUUGUAACUUUACACUCGACGCCUAUAUGGGAUUUAAAAAUAACAAUUCAUUUGGCCAAUUUUAUCUUAGAACGGGGUUUAAGCCGCCAUAUGGUUUAACUUCUCAACGUGGAAGCAAGUGAUCAAUCAAGUAAUUCUUAUCCGGUUACAUGACUAAUGGUUCGCUAUUUAUCUCCGUCAGUUAUUGUGUUUUCGCUAUUUAUAUAGGAAUAAUUAAUUAAAUAAGUGCCCAAAUAGAGAUAGAUUUUUUCUGUGAUUUGUUAGUUUUAAGUAACUAUUAUGAUGUCAAUAAAAAACAAUUUAGCUGAAUAA